AUGAAGAAUGAAAUCAUAGCCGACGUCGAGAAGGCAUUUUUACAGUUAGAACUGCAUCAGUCCGACAGGAACUGUACCAUAUUCCUCUGGGAAGAUGAUAUUAAAUGUGCGGUUACCGAGGAAAACCUGAAAUGUUAUCAAUGUUUUGGAGUAAUAUCAUCACCGUUUUUGCUAGUAGCAACAAUCAAUCAUCAUCUAGAAACGAUCGAAAGCCAGACAGCGUUAGAGAUCAGGAGGAACAAUGAAGACAUACUUCGACGGCACAACGAAACGAUUCAGGAUCAACUGCGGUCAGGCAUAAUUGAGGAAGUUCAUCCUAAUAUGGAUCAAGAGGGUAUAAUUUACUAUCUAUCUCAUCAUGAGGUGGUGAUACCCCCGCACAAACCUAUAACAAAACUCAAAAUAGUCCAUGAUGCUUCGGCGCAUCUCAAGUUAGAACUGCAUCAGUCCGACAGGAACUGUACCAUAUUCCUCUGGGAAGAUGAUAUUAAAUGUGCGGUUACCGAGGAAAACCUGAAAUGUUAUCAAUGUUUUGGAGUAAUAUCAUCACCGUUUUUGCUAGUAGCAACAAUCAAUCAUCAUCUAGAAACGAUCGAAAGCCAGACAGCAAUUGAAGGAGGUGCAACAAAAAUUCUUGGCAUCAUUUGGAUAAACGAUAAAAAUACAAUCAGAGUAACGUUGAAACCAUGGAUCGAACAUGAACUCACCAAACGAAGUGUCUUGCAAUUUGUUGCUUCGCAAUAUGAUCCUUCGGGAUUUUUAGUCCCCGCAAUGAUCCAAUUCGAACUAUUUCUCCAAAACUUAUGGAAAAGAAGUAAUUUUUGGGAUCAAAUCCUCGAUGAAGAUGAUAAAGAAGCAUGGCGAUCUCUUACAAAAGAAUGGCCCGCAGACAUUAUCGAGAUACCGAGGCUGGCUACAAAAAAGCUCUCAAAUCAACAACUCCAUGUCUUCACAGACGCAUCAAGUGUUGCGUAUUCAGCAACUGUAUACAUUUCAAACAAACAUGUUGACGAAAGAAAUAGCGCAAUACUUUUCGCCAAAUCAAGACUCGUUCCAAUUAGAGGUAUGACCAUACCACGGCUGGAGCUGCUAACAAUAGUUACUGGUUGGUUUUAUGGUCGAAUUCGAAAUGCGCAUUACAUUGGAUUGAAAUUACUACCCGAAAUUAUACAUAACCGAGUAGAAAUACGAAAGGUAAAUUUCUCAUUUCGAUAUGUACCAAGUGAAGAUAAUCCAGUCGAUAUUGCGACUAAAGGACUUUCUCCCGUAAAGCUUAGGCAAUACAAGCUAUGGUGGGAAGGGCCAUCGUGGUUAACGGGUCCCGAAAGCGGAUGGCCCCAAUGGGAAUACCAAUCUACAGAAGAAUUUAAAGACAAAGAAGAACGAAUCGUUGCAAUGACAGCGCAGACAGAAGGACUCAACAAGGACGAAAAGGAAAAAUGGAAUUUGUACUGCGAUAACGGAAAACUAUGGAGAUCACAAAGUCGAUUGGAAAAUUUGGAACUAGACGGGGAAAGCAAACAUCCAAUCUACUUACCGAGACAUAAUAAAAUUACCGAAUUUGAUACGACACAACAUGAAAAGUUAUAUCACGCUGGAACAGCGCAUGUUCUUUCGGAAAUGAGGCGCAAAUUUUGGAUAUCGAAAGGACGAAUGGAGGUGAGACGUGUUAUAACAGGCUGCACAGGCUGCAAACGUUGGACAGUAAGCCAUUUAAACUACCAGCCGGGUCUUCCUGAAUCACGAGUUUUACGUUCAAGGGCUUUUGAAAAAGAUUGGAUUAUUUUGGCCCAAUCUCCGUCAAAACCGAAGUUGGAGUAA